AUGUCCCAGAACCCGCUCAAUGAGAACAUCCACACCAGUAGUAACAACAGCAACAGUAGCAAGAGCAGGCCCGUGCCUGAUGUGCGGGAUCUGAUCUCGUCCACGCUCGUUCGUGAAAGAAACCGCGAUUUCUCGCUGCGGUCUGGUGUCAGCGCAUUACCAGAGUUGCCGAAACUUCCCCCACAAACACCUACAGGGGAUUUACCUGAGGAGGAUACAGGUAGUGGGCAUUUCCGUUCCUUUCUUGAGCUAGACUUGAGCUCGUUCAGUCAAAGAAACCAGACCAGUGAUUCCCUCAGGGCAAUUGAAAGGCGGUACUCGGCUUCGACAUUGGGUACACCAAAAGUGGACAAAGCUCAAGAAUCGCAGUUUCCAAUACAGCCAGAACCACAGAAACGAAAACCGGGUGUGGAUGCAACAAGUGUUGCGGAAAAUGACAAUGAAGAAGAUGAUUUUUUCAACUCCUCCCCCAGUACAAAUUGGAAAGAGAUGAAGACGAUAUCGGAUAUAGACUACUACACAGAUAAAGGCGAGUUGACACACGAGGCCACCUCGGGCAAGAGCUUUUUGCAGGCUGAAAAGUCGCAUUUUGGGUACACCAAGAUUGAUACCGAGGAGCAAGUCAAGAAGUAUGCCGCGUUGGACAAAAAGACCGAUUUCUUGUUUGAUGCGAAAUCAGAAGCAGCAAGGAAAAAACUCCAGGUCAACAAAGACGUGAUAUUCGAUGCCGACGAAGAUUCGGACUACGACGACGAAGGAGAAAUGGACCCCAACGAGACCCUCGCCGACACAAAGAAAAUGUUGACCGAUUCUCAAAAGUUUGCCUACGUGGGCAUCUCUAAAUUGAUCACGGUGGAUAUGGCGACCCAGUUGGCAAAAGUGCAGUUUGGAACGGAUGGGAAAAUUGCCAAGCAGUUAAGUGCUGGCCAAAAGAAUUUUUCAAACUGGACAUUGUACGUGUUGUCGAAACUAUACGAGCAUUUGGAUGUUGACGGAGAAGAGAAGACCAUGAUUGAAAACUUGAGCAAGCAUGGCGUUGAGAUUACGGAUUUGUCAAACAGUUUGAAAGAAGUGGAGUUGAAAAAAGCGGUGAGGAAUAAUCCGCUCGUGGGGGACGACUUUGAUUUGCGAUGGGUUAUCGUAUGCGAUAUGCUUUUGCUUCUACUCAGCGAUGGCUACUAUGAUGCAAGGUCGCGAUCUCUAUUGACCAAUUUUGCCGAGUCCAUAGGCAUCUCAAAUUUGGAGAUUUUGCAAUUCGAGCGGCGGUUGAUGGAAUGCUUGGAUAUGGAGACAAAGGAAAAAUCCUUUGAAAACAAGGACGAAUCUUUGAAUGACCAGCUGUUUGUGCAGCAGCAAAUACGCAAAAACAAAAACCGGAAAUUGGCCAUGAUUGGGUUGGCCACCUUGGGCGGCGGUCUCGCUAUUGGGCUCUCGGCUGGUCUUUUGGCGCCUGUUAUCGGAGCUGGUAUCGCGGCAGGUUUGACCACCGUUGGAAUCACCGGUACUGGAGGUUUCCUUGCUGGUGUUGGAGGAAGUGCCUUGAUCACCACGGGAGGUGUUGCCAUUGGCGCUCGAGUUGGGCACAAGGCAGGAGCUAGAAGGUUGGGAGAUGUCCAUACAUUUGAGUUUAAGCCGUUGCACAACAAUAAGCGAACGAAUUUGAUUGUGACUGUGAGUGGUUGGAUGAAUGGUGAGAUGGAUGACGUGCGUCUUCCCUUUUCAACGGUGGACCCAGUGAUGGGAGACAUGUUCUCGUUAUUAUGGGAGCCCGAAAUGUUGCAGUCGAUGGGCCAGACAAUUGGCAUAUUGGCGAGCGAGGCCUUGAGCACGUCUAUCCAGCAAAUCUUGGGUGCGACCAUCUUGGGCGCGUUGAUGUCGGCGAUUCAGCUACCUAUGGCGCUAUCAAAACUCUCGUAUUUGUUGGACAAUCCAUGGAAUGUCUCGCUAGAUCGAGCAUGGAAGGCAGGCAAGAUUCUCGCGGACACUAUUCUUUCGGGCAAUCUAGGGGUGAGACCAAUCACGUUGGUUGGGUUCUCCCUAGGGGCGAGGCUCAUUUAUUCCUGCUUGAUUGAGGUGGCGAAAAAGGGCGGCUACGGUUUGAUCGAGAAUGUCGUCUUGCUCGGAUCUCCCGUGGCCAUCAAUACAGACCAAUUGGCUCAAGCGAGGUCGAUUGUGAGCGGGCGAUUCAUCAACGGGUACUCGCGCAAGGACUGGAUUCUCGGGUACUUAUUCCGGGCCACGGGAGGAGGCAUCCUGACAGUUGCUGGGUUAUCAGAGUUGAAGAACGUUUAUGGAAUUGAGAAUAUCGACUGCACCGAUUACGUUGAAGGGCACAUGUCCUAUAGAAAAGCCAUCCCCAAGAUAUUGAAGGCGGUAAAUUGGGAAGUCUUGAGUGAGGAGUUUGCCGAGAUUGAAGAAGCCGACCCAGAACAAGGCAAGAGACACAGACAGUUGCUCAAUGAAUUCGACGAGGCAAGAGCGAAAAUGGAGGCGGACGAAAAAGAGGAGGAACCUGCGCAAAAGGGUUGGAGAUCGUGGUUCAAGCCGAAAAAGAAGGACUGGUGGGAUAUCUACGGUCAGCCGAAGGACGAGCAAGACGGAGAGACAAAAGAAUACGACGAGCAUGCAGUUCCUGUCUUUGAUGUUGACAAUUUGAUAAAGGAAGUGAAUGAGAUUGAAGAUCUUGCUGAUAAGAGCAAAAACAAAUGA